AUGACGAAGCCGCAAAUCGUCGUCAGAAUACCCCCAACUUCUGAUGCGGAGGAUAAAACCCUCGUCUCAACACUAACUGACAUCGUCAACAUCGCCUACAUGAAAGCCGAGUCAGAUAUCUUCAUCCCAUCAUACCAACGAACCUCCACCGCCGAGAUCACCAAAUUUCUAAGCAACGGCCAACUCGCGGUAGCGUACCUACAACCAAAUGACGAACCCAUCGGCUGCGUUUUCAUUAAACUCAUAACAUCCACCCUCGGAGAGUUCGGCAUGUUGGCACUCGAUCCACAGUACCAAGGCACUGGCGCAGGGCGACAAUUAGCAGUCUUUGCGGAGGAUGAAUGCAGACGAAGAGGGUGUACGACGAUGCAGCUAGAGAUUCUUGUGCCGAUGACAUUUCAUCAUGAGGGAAAAGCGAGGUUGUUGGGGUGGUAUACCAGGAUGGGGUAUGAGCUUGUCAAGUUGGGGGAUUUUGCGGAUGAUUAUCCUGAUUUGGUGAAUUUGCUCGCUGGACCGACAGAAUACAGGGUUUUUGAGAAGAGUCUUGUGUAA